AGCCGAGCAGUAAUCGCUCUCUCUACAAAUUUGGUAUGUCCAUGUGGUAACGUGCGCCUAGUGUGAACAGCACCCUAUAAAAAAAGUAAGAGCAAUAGUGGCGCAUUUUAGCCACCCCCCAGAGUCGGAGCAGAGCUUUUGAAUUGUAGGUUGCCAAUUCAUCAAGGAAGGACUGUCUCCCAAUCUGUAAAAUCGCUGAAAAGAAGAAACGAAUUUUUUUGUUUCCCAAAAAAUCCCAAACAACAAAUAACAACCGCUUCUCUCUCUCUCACCUGUGAAAUCUCCAUGGUCUUUCACUUCUGAGCUCUUUGGAGAUCUCUUCAUCUCCCCUUGAUUCUCUGCGUCUUCUGUGUCUUGAUCUAGUUCCUUUUUUCUACUAGUCGAUUUUUCCAUGGCUGCUCCACCUGCGAGGGCUCGAGCCGAUUACGAUUACCUCAUAAAGCUUCUUUUGAUCGGCGACAGCGGGGUGGGCAAGAGUUGCCUUCUUUUACGUUUCUCAGAUGGUUCCUUCACUACUAGUUUUAUCACCACCAUUGGUAUUGAUUUCAAGAUAAGAACCAUUGAGCUUGAUGGAAAAAGAAUUAAGCUUCAAAUUUGGGAUACAGCUGGUCAGGAACGGUUCCGAACCAUUACAACUGCUUACUAUCGCGGAGCAAUGGGUAUUUUGCUUGUGUAUGAUGUUACUGAUGAAUCAUCAUUCAACAACAUCAGGAAUUGGAUUCGCAACAUUGAACAGCAUGCUUCUGAUAACGUUAACAAGAUAUUAGUGGGGAACAAGGCCGACAUGGAUGAAAGCAAAAGGGCUGUCCCGACGUCUAAGGGCCAAGCACUUGCUGAUGAAUAUGGGAUCAAGUUCUUUGAAACUAGUGCAAAGACAAAUCUAAAUGUUGAGCAAGUUUUCUUUUCAAUAGCAAAGGAUAUAAAGCAAAGGCUUGCUGAGACGGACUCGAAGGCUGAGCCUACAACAAUUAAAAUCAAUCAACAAGGCCAGGCAGGCGGGGCCGAUCAAGCUGCCCAAAAAUCAGCUUGCUGCGGAUCUUAAGACCAUAUUAUGUUUCAAAAGGUGCAUUAAUUGCAGGUGACAGUUUCGCCUGAAAAAAAAGGAAGGAAUAUUUUGGAAAAAAAAAAAAAAAAAACAACUAAUUCUGAUGAUAGGAUAUGAUGGGUGCUUGUAAUUUUUUUUUUCUUUUUUCCUUUUUUUGGCUUUGUCAUUCUUUUUUAAUAUUGUUUUAGUGUGUAAGGUAGCGUAUUUUUAUAGAUUACAUUGUUGCAAACAGUUGUGCAUCUUAUGGCAUAUUUCUCUUCCCCUUC